UCUAAUUUGAAAGACACUCUUGCCAAUAUUAGAUCGAGACUUUUUUUAAGCUGCUGAAAAAUAGCUUUUUUUGGACUAAAAAUCAUAUUUUUUAAAAGGGUUAUUUACAAUAAUGACCUUGAAGGUAAGUAAUCUUGAACUUUUGAUCCCGCUUGCCCAAUGCCCAAAGUUUAACAAGUUUAAUUUUGACUUUUCACCUUGAAGUUUUGCCCUUAGGGCAAGCGGGUGCCAAAGUGCAAGACCACCAAUUUCUAAGGUCAUUGGUGUAACUUCCUGGCUAUUAAAUUUAUCCACUUGAAAUUCUUGUAUAUAUAUAUAUAUACAGUUCGAUCGAACUGAUAGCAUUAGGUCCAGUUGAACCCGCAAAUGCAAAUGCCUCUUUACAAAUUCUCAUAUAUCCUUUUAUGAUCAUGGACUUUGUUUCAUGUCUUAGUAUAGAGUAAAGGCAACUUACAAUGCAGAAAUUGAUUCUUGAUCAUCUGGAGAACACUGGGGAUGAGUCUGAUGAAAGUCACCAAGUCCAUGAUCAACGUAUAGUUGUCCCAAGUAUGCUCAAUGCAAUUGCUGAUGGCUUUGUUAAGAAAGAAAAGUCAUGGUUUGCCACUUCUCAGGUUCCAAGUGAUAUAUCAAUUCGAGUUGAAGAUAUCACCUUCUAUGUUCACAAGUAUCCACUAGUUGCAAGGUGUGGCUACAUAAGUCAAAUUGAACUUCAUGAACCUCAAAAUUCACACUCAGAUUAUGACCUCAAACUUGAAAAGUUUCCAGGUGGAUCAGAGGCUUUUGAGGCCAUUCUAAAAUUCUGUUAUGGCCUGCCCAUAAGCCUGAAUCCAGCAAAUGUAGCAGCAUUGAGAUGUGGAUCAGAAUUCCUAGAAAUGACAGAAGCAAUGGAAGAAGGAAAUUUAAUCUCAAAAACAGAAGCUUUCUUCACAUUUGUAGUCCUUUCAUCGUGGAACGACACAAUCACGGUCCUAAAAUCAUGCGAAACGCUCUCUCCGUGGGCUGAAAAUUUACAGAUUGUGAGAAGAUGUUGUGAUUCAAUUGCCUGGAAGAUAUUCAGAGAAAAUUCGACAACAGAAGAAAUUAUAACGAAUGAUGAGAAAUGGUGGUUCGAUGAUGCUGCCACUCUCCGUAUUGACUUCUUCUUGAAGAUUGUAACAGCACUGAGGGUAAAAGGGAUCAAAUCUGAGAUCAUCGGUUCGUGUAUCAUGAACUAUGGAGACAAGUGGUUCCCUAGCAUGUAUAGCGAGGCGAAAGGAACAAAUAGUAAAUAUGGUACUAAUAGAAGGAAUGAUUCGCAAUGGAGCAUCACGAGUGGGAGGAACGAGGAAACGAGCAUUAUUGGACAGAAUAAGGAACUGAGAACUAUAAUUGAGAGCUUAAUUAGUUUAUUACCUCCUCAGAAGGAAGCUGUUUCUUGUAAGUUCCUUUUAAGGUUGUUAAAGAUGGCAAUUAUGUAUGCUGCAUCACCCGCUCUGAUUUCCGAGCUUGAGAAACGAAUCGGGAUGGUGCUGGAAAACGCCAGCGCAAACGACCUUCUGAUACCUACAUAUGCAGUAAAUGAGCAAACAAUAAAUUCAGCAGACGAACAGACAAUCCAUAACAUAGAUGUGGUGCAGAGGAUUUUGGAUUAUUUCCUGAUGUAUGAACAGCAAAGAUUGCAGCAACAGGAACUAAAGUCGACAACGUUGAAUAUCAGUAAGCUGGUCGACAGCUACCUAGCGGAAAUCGCGAGAGAUCCCAAUGUAUCUAUCACUAAGUUCCAAGUUUUAGCUGAAUCUUUGCCUCGCCAUGCUCGAACAUGUCAUGAUGGACUCUACAGAGCCAUUGAUACAUACCUUAAGAUUCAUCCGUCGCUGACAGAACAUGAUCGACGAAGGCUAUGCAAGAUCAUGGACUGCGAAAAAUUGUCACUUGAUGGAUGCAUGCAUGCAGCACAAAAUGAAAGGUUGCCUCUGAGAAUUGUUAUCCAGAGAAUAUUGCAGGUUUUGCUCUCAGAGCAAGUGAAGAUGAGGGCUGCAGUCCAAGGGAAGGAUAUUACACCGAGUGAUGAUAACUCGGACAAGGAAAAUAGUUGGUCAUCUACAAAGAAAGAGGUCUAUUCCCUUAAAGAAGAACUCGAAAAAGUGAAGAUGCAAAUGGAAGAGCUUCAGAAGGACUGCUCUGAACUGCAACAAGAAUCUGUAAAGGUGAACAACAAGCCUAGAAGUUCGUGGACUUCGGGAUAUUGGAGGAGGGUGAAAAAGUCUGCUCUUUUCAAUAGAAAAAUGGUCGAGGAUGAAACUCGAGAAGCCGAGAAUAGAGUUAAACCUGCAGACCGCAGAUAUCAAUCCGUAUCUUAAGUGCACAAUUUUACUUGUUUCUUAUGUAGUAUCUGGUUGAUGAACAUGAUUAGAUUACCAACUCUUUGUCUAGAUAAAGAAGGCUAGUUUGGCAUAGAUGGAGUUUGGAUACGGAUUGUUGCCUAGGUUGAUUGGACACUUCAAAAAUGUUGCCGCACCUAUGUUGGAUCCUUUACAAACACAACUUUUGGAGGAUUUGACGUGCACACAUCCAUAUUUUUGAAGAGUCCGAAGAAUAUAUGAUAACAUCAUCACCCAU